UUCAUUCAGGAAAGAAAAUGAACUAUAUUACAUAAUCCAUAUAUAUUUGUUCACCCGGUUGCAAACGUCCUCCGAUGCAAUACGAGAGACAGAAUAGCCAGGUUGCUCGGGCAGCAAUACUGCCUAAAUAUUUUGGGUUAAACAAUCCUGACAGCCCGCCUCUCAGCAAUUCCCCCACUCAACUGUUGACGCUCGCAAAGCCCCCGCGGUUGCUUCCAGCCCGCCUCGGCUCAUCAGGAGGCUGGAGACUUGCGGUGAGGAGGAAGCGGCCGUGGUUCGCUCCCUGCUCCCGCCUGAACACCCGAGGUUGUCCCUCCCGCACCAGCCGCCCGCUCGCCUCUUACCCCUUCUUGUCAUUUUGCCCAUUUUUAAACAGACUUUUUUUUAAAAUUGAAACUUUGCUGGAUUCUGUGUUGUUGUUGUUGUCGUGUGGCGAUCUCUCUCCCGAGAUCAGGGAUUCACCACCUUUCGGACUAGGCGGCGACGGCGCAUUUCUUCUUCUGAAGGUUCCAGGAGGAAGAGGCGGGAUGGGACCGUUUAAUGAAUAUCACAAGGAUCAGAAGGUGCGAGAGAAGCGAAGUCCACGCAGUCGCAUCCCCAGACUGGUUCUCCGCCCUUAUUCUCACAUCCAGAAGGGAUCGCCUUCGUCUGAAUCCCCCUUGUCCGAGGAAGAGAGCCGCGAUUACGACCUGAGCUCUGGCCAGUCACGGAGAUCCACAACCACCGUCAGUAGCAUCAGUUUCUGUUCAGAUGAUACUGGAUGUCCCAGCAGCCAGUCGGUGUCCCCAGUGAAAUCCCCUUCAAAAUUGGCCAGUAUUCUGUUAACCAUUCCUACGGUGAAUGAAGAAGAGAGUGGAAGGAAAGUUCACUCUGGAACUGUAACUGAUUGGAACAUCCAGCACAUUAGACAUAAGAGGGAGCAGAAGUCAUGCCUGGUGCAGCCAGGGAGUGAAGCUGACUUUAGUUCAUCCAGCAGCACAGGCAGCAUUUCAGCACCUGAAGGUCUUAUGUCCAGUUCAGGGAGCAAGCGAAGCUCGGCUUCUCGCAGCCGUGGUGUACAUGGAAGAAGUAGUACUUCUAGUGGGCACAAACAGUCGGGGAGCCCAACUCUUACUCGGGAGAAAGAUCCAGUGUCAGCAGUGUAUAAAAGUACAGCCAACAUCCGUGAUGUUUAUGGAGCUUCAUCUCGAAGCAGCAGCAGUAACUCUGGUUCAUACAAAGGCAGUGACAGCAGUCCAACUAUCAGGCGGUCUGGUAAAUACACCUCUUGCAGUGAUAAUCAUGGCAUUAAACCCCCAAACCCGGAGCAGUACUUGACCCCACUGCAGCAAAAGGAGGUUACCAUUAGACAUCUGAGGACAAAACUAAAGGAUUCUGAAAGCAACCUUCAAGAGAGGGAAUCUGAAGUUGCAGAUCUCAAAUCCCAGCUUGCUCGCAUGCGGGAAGACUGGAUUGAAGAAGAGUGCCACCGAGUUGAAGCUCAGCUUGCACUGAAGGAAGCUCGGAAGGAGAUUAAACAACUCCGUGAGGUGAUUGACACCAUGAAGAACAGUUUGGUAGAGAAGGAUAAAGGGGUUCAAAAAUAUUUUGUUGACAUUAAUAUCCAAAACAAAAAACUUGAGUCUUUGCUACAGAGCAUGGAGUUGGCUCAGAAUGGUGCUUCAAGGGAUGAUUCAUCAUUGGACUGUAUGUGUCCAUCACCUGUGAAAUCAUUGGCCCGUAGCACAACCUACACAAAAAUGGCUGACGCCAUGGGCCUUGAAGACCAAGCUGUUGAAGAAAUGGCUGAUAGUGGUCUGCUUGCCAAUGAUGAUAUGGCAAGCAGAACCGAUCUCUUUGACCAAUUACUGAAGUCAAAACCCACUGAUAGUAGCUCCGGAGAUGGUAAUUGGGCACAAGCCAAUGAAAUGCAGGCAAUCCUUGCCAACAGUGCAGCCUUUGAGAUUUCUCCUCCAAGUAUUAUCUUUAUGACGAAUGAUAAUAGGCUCGUCAGGGAACAGGCUAUUCAGACUGAUGUAGUACCAUAUAGUCCAGAUGUACAGAGCCUCAUUCUGCAUAUUCUAAAAUCACAACAUAAUAGCCCAAUCAGCCCAAUAUCUUCAACCUGGGUGUCAGAUAUUGGCCAAGCAGUAUGUGCAUCAGAGUUUGAAACAAAAGCCACUGAUACUUUGAUGGAUUUAACUCCAAACAAUCCUAAUACCACAAUUCUGGUAUCUAGAUUAGAAUCUGUUAACCAUUUCAAGAGCCCUCAGGCACACACCUGCAAUGAACAAGCACAAUACCAACCUAGUAUGAUGGAGCCUACUUUUACAUCUGCCUUUGAUCAAACAGAUAGUAAUGAAUUUAGUGUCUCAGAGGAUCAGCCAGUGUGUCAGAGAAGUUAUUGGAGCAAGCAUUUUAUUGUUGAUUUGUUGGCAGUAGCUGCACCUGUAGUGCCCACCUUGGCAUGGAUAUUUUCCACACGCAGAGGAGGAUCAGGGGCACUGUACAAUAUCGGGGCUCUGCUGCGUGGGUGCUGUUUGGUGGCCUUGCACUCUUUGCGCAUGCAGCACACACAAUGUUUUCCCCCUCAUUUAAAAAAAUGAAUCCACUAAUUGCACUUAAAUUUUAGUUUAGGACACUUGAAAAAAUACUGGAAUUAGCUUACUGAGUUGUGUUCGUGUGUGGCUAGAUGUGUUUCGUCACAUCAGUGAGAUUUAAUUUGCACUGCUGAUAAGUAUAGAUAUAUUGACUUCGGGUGAUGUGAGUUUACAGUGUUGCAAGUGGCUUUUGAAGAAUGGUUAAUUUAUAAAUGUGAAUGUUUCUAUUGAAUGAAGGAGAGAAAGAAACGGAAGUGGCCAAAGCUGACCCACUGCUGAGCAAUGUAGCAAAAUACUUUGUAGAGGUUAUAUUUCACAAAAAGCAUGGGAAAGUGGAGUCUUUUUAAGUGUACAAGCUGGAAUUCAAUUUUAAACACUAUUACAAUAACUAAAGUACGAUUUUAAGCACAGGUUAAUUCUCAAUAGUGAAAGCUGCCUUCAAGGUUUGAACAGAAGUAUUCAUCCUUCUAAGACAGCUGGCUCCACGAUCGGCUCAAACAUCUUUAGUUUUUGCUAUGAUUCAGCUGUAUAUAUUGUCGCUGUUUAAGGAGCUGCAGUUUAAUGGCUAUGCUGUAUUUUUAUGUUUAUGAUAAUAUGGAGUGCAACCAAAACUUCUUGGCCUUUUGCUGUCAGUGUGUUCCGGACCCUUGUAACUGUUGUGUUGCAUCAAGACAAGCAUCAACUAGUUGGAGCAGUUUAUGUGACAGUGACCUGUUCUGAGUGUGGCUAUGUACAGUCCAUGGACAUGCUUUAAAAAGUAGUGAACAAAAUGCUUCUCUGUAUUUGCUACUUACAAAAUAGCAUUUUUAUUAUGUAUGUGUUGUUUUCGAGCCAUGUGCAAUAUUGCGGAAUAACUUUUCUUCGUUGUACUUAAGAUGUUUCUAUAUUAAAGGAUAUAAAUUUAUUAAAUUAACGCAUGCCAAAAAGUCACCCGAACUUUUGUCUCUCGUGUCUCCUCUAAACUUUUAUCUUGCCUUGUGUCCAAAUAUAGUUUUAAAACCA